GCGGAUCCUCUGUAGGCCGUAGGGAUCAAGUAGAAGCUUAUACAAUCUGACAACGAAUUGUUCGUUGGAGGAGGAAGGGGAGACGGAGAUAGCCAUGUCAGGAUCGCUAAUUCGACGCUUCACGCCAUUUUUUACUGCUCGAAUUCGACAGAACCAGAGGCUUCUGAGCUCGUCUUCUGCUGCUGUUCUUCACCAUGCCUCUCCCUCGUCUCCGUCUUCGUCGUUUUCUCGUGAGCCAGUUCAAAUGACUGAAAAUUGUAUACAAAGAAUGAAAGAAUUAGUAGCCAAUGAAUCAUCAGCAGAUGAGAAAAUGCUUCGUUUGAGUGUGGAAACUGGUGGGUGUUCUGGAUUCCAAUAUGUGUUCAAUCUAGAUGACAGAAUAAAUUCAGAUGACAGAGUUUUUGAGAGAGAAGGUAUUAAAUUAGUUGUUGAUAAUGUUUCCUAUGACUUUGUAAAAGGAGCAACCGUUGACUAUGUUGAAGAGCUAAUACGUUCAGCUUUUGUAGUGACGGAAAACCCAAGUGCAGUUGGUGGUGUAGUUGCAAGAGUUCAUUCAUGGUAA